AUGGCCGCUCCUCCUCCACCCGACCCCCCCAACCGACCCAACGUCGCGUGUGACGCGACCAUGAACGAUAUUGCAGAGCUGGACGACGCGCCCUCGACGCGUCUGCCUGACAGGCCGAACGUCGCGCCACCCUCCUCGGUGUUCCUCGCGUUCCUGACCAACUACAUCGGCAACCCCCAAAACCACUCGUCUGAAGGAGCGUUAAUUAUUGAUCCGGCCUCGCUCGGAGCAAUCCGAAUGAUGAUGGACGCGGAAGCGAAGCGUCUCAGAGAAAUGGACAAACGUAUGGAUCAGAUGUCGAAGAUGGUUGAAACUUUCGAAGGUCGUUUACAGGCGCUUGAAGGCAGUCGCGUGUCAACAACGGCCCCCCAGAAUCAACCUACAAAGCAAUCGUACGCGCGUGCCACUGGACCGGCGCCUGCUCUCAACUGA